AUGGCUGUCAGUGGUGCACUUGCACUUGCAAUUGCAGUUGCCGUUGCAGGCAUCGCAUACAUCAUCCUGACCGUAGGCAGCAGAGAUGCAUGCCUGCCACCUGGGCCCCCAACGCUCCCAAUCAUCGGAAAUGCUCAUCAGAUUCCAAGGAGACGCGCGCAUCUCAAAUACACAGAAUUCGCAAAGAUUUACGGUGGCCUGUACACAAUCAAAGUCGGCAACAGCACGCUAGCCGUAAUCACUGACAGACGAAUCGCGCGAGAGUUGUUCGAAGAAAAGGGCUCCGUUGCCAGCAACAGGCCUGCUUCAUACAUCGUGCAGGAGAUUGUCAGCCAGCGAGAUCAUCUUCUGACUCUCCAAUAUGGUCCCACCUGGCGAGUACAGCGCAAGUUGAUUCAUCAAUGCUUUAUGGAAUCCAUGUGUGAUAAACACCAUGUCCAUCUGCAGCAUGCUGAAGGCGUUCAGAUGCUCAGAGACUUUGUUGCUGCGCCUGAGGAUUACAUGCUUCAUCCGAGGAGGUACAGUAAUAGCAUUCUCACUAGCAUCGUGUACGGCGUGCGGAUCCCUUCUAUUCGUUCAACCUACAUGGACCGACUAUACGAAAUGCUAGAUGAGUUCACAGCCUUGCUAGAACUAGGAGCCACCCCUCCAGUCGAUUUCUUCCCAUUCCUGAAAUACAUCCCCGAACGGUUCCUAGGGAAAUGGAUCACCAAAGCCACCCACGUCAAAGACAUAAUGGAAUCAUUACACGAAACAAUGCUCCAACACGUCAUCAACCGUCGAACCAAACUCGGCAGCAGCAAGGAUACAUUCGUCGACAACCUCCUCAAGGACAAUGAAAAACUAGGCUUCAGCCAUCACCAACUAUCCUUCCUCGCUGGCGGUCUUGUCGAAGGUGGCUCAGAGACUCCUGCAGCGCUUAUCAUCUCGUUCAUUCAGGCCAUGACCAAAUGGCCCGAGAUCCAGAAAAGGGCACACUCGGAAAUCGACUCAGUCAUUGGCGAGGGCCGCACUCCAACCUGGGCCGAUUAUAGUCGUCUCCCAUAUGUCGCCGCUAUUGUCAAGGAGUGCGUGAGAUGGAGGCCUGUGGCGCCUUUGGGCAUGCCGCAUCUUCUUGACCAAGCGCCAGAUGAAUGGAUAAACGGGCACUUCCUCCCCAAAAACACCAUCCUAAUCCUCAACAUCUGGGGCCUCAACCACGACCCAACCAAAUACCCAAACCCGCACCUCUUCGACCCAACCCGCUUCGAAGACAGAACGCUACCAGCAUCCGAAUACGCAAACAACGGCGGCGCCGACUACAACAACCGCGAUCACUACAGCUACGGAGCCGGCCGCCGCCUCUGCACGGGCAUUCACCUCGCCGAACGCGACCUUUUUAUAGCCAUGUCAAUGCUGCUCUGGGCCUUUGCGUUUGAGCAGCCCGUAAUUGACCCUAUAAGCGGGGAGCGGAGUGAGCCUGACGUCGAUCCGGAUACAGGCUAUAUUGAAGGGUUGGUUGCUUGUCCAAAGCCGUUUCCGUGCACGGUGAGGCUGCGCUCCGAGGCGAGGAAGGAGACUAUUAUGCGCGAGUUUGCGGAGGCUGAAGUUGAUGUUUUUGCAAAGUAUGAUGAUAAAAUUGCUGUGUGA